AGACAGAACCGAAGAGGACAUUAUCCAAGCAAAAGGCACCCUGGGCCUUGUAAAGUGGAUGUGCUGUGAAGAACAGCGGACUCUGGCUGCCUGGCAGGGUGACCCGAGGUGGCCGCCCCGGGGUCACAGAGCUCUUGGUGACUCUGGAAGGGUGUGGGGAGCCAGGGAGGAGACUUGAGCUUCACUGGGAGCAGGGCUUGCUCCCGAAUCUCAUUUUUCACAUGUCUGCCGCACUCUCGCUACCAGCUCUGUCAGAGGAAAGGAGGCGCUUCCUGUUAUUCCAAUCCGAAUCUCAAGCUGAACACAGGAGGGAGCAGGCAGCUGUAGAGCAGAGUGGCAGGGUGAGCAAAGAUGGAAGGCCAGUGCCUGCCUUUGCAACUGCUUCUGCUGGUCUUUACAGUGACUAUAGGGCUUGAUGCUUACUCUGGGACAGUGGCACCUCCCAGCAAUGCCAGCUUGUCUUUGGAAGGAGGGCCAAAUGUUACAGCUCCAAACUAUCACAGGAACCUAGAAGGAAACUCAACAAUUGAUGUUGAUAUUUAUUAUUACUUAGCAGAAGAUUGCUGGUUGAAGUUUUAUCUACAAAUGACUAAUGUCAGCAAAGAGCACUUGUGUGAAUGGAGGGCCAUUGGCAGACCAUACAGCAUUUUACGAAAGUGCUUGGAAGAUUAUGCUGACAAAUGGAACUAUGGCUUCCCCAAUGCCUUGGCCGAGUACUACAUUGUGCUCAGCCACCAUCUCUACUUCCGCAACUGCACUUCGGAACUGCACCCACCUUUCCUGGACCCCCCAGAAAAUAUUUUGUUGCCCCUCAUCAUAACUCCCAUCUGUCUCAUUCCUUUCUUGAUCACUCUUGUGGUGCUGAAGAGCAAGGAUGGUGAAACACAGGCAUGAGUCCUGACCUUCACAUAGUAGUUUUGGAGCGCCCUUGUGUUUUAGCACCUUGUGACGCUGUUACAAUCCUCAUCUCUGGCCACCACGGGAUUGGCCUCCCCUCAUGUGUCAGGAGCACAACCUGGUAUGAGCCACUGCAUAGGAGCAUUAUGUUUGAGACCAUGCAUGCUAAACUCAUUGGCAUGCACUACAUGUUGUGGCAUAGAAGGAACAAAACUGAACCUCUGCUAUAGAAGCAGAUGUGACAUAUGCAUACAAAAAAAAUUAAGCCAUUUUGUUGCUACUUUAACUGCCAUAGUUGAUUCUGAAGGAACUAUGGGAACUGCUCUACAUUCUUUAUGAAGACCCCUAGCUCUUUACAGAUUUCAUGUCUAGAGGUCUGUACAGAGAAGUCAUAAUUGUUAAUGUUUAUUUGUAUGAUUUGCCCAAAGUAUGUGCAUUCUCUGCAAGCUAGAGUCUUCACUUUCUAGCCACAUUCCCAUAUUGAAGUUAUCUACUAAUUCUCCAUCCCUAGCUCUCUCCACAACAAAUGCGGUGUAUUUUCAUAUAAGCUGUGGGCUAUUUCUUUUAUGCCGUUUCAUUUAAAUUUAGUUCCUGACCAUGCUUGUUCCGUUUUGAAAAUUCUCUAAAGGAAGCGAAAUCGCUUUUGUUCUCCAUCUCCAACUGUCUCUUGCUGAUUUGGAAACUUCACCUUCUAUUGUUCUUUUUGUUUUCAUUGUUCACGUGUCCUCUGAAAUAUUGGGGAUUGACUUUAAACAGAUGGGAAUGCCUAAACUGAACAAUAUGCAGAAAUAUGCAGAAAAAGCAACAAAGACUUCUGAAGGAUUUUUGAAAGUGUGCUACAAAUGCAUUUGGUGAGAUGGUUACUUCCAUACAACCUUUAGUAUGAAUUUGCAUAAGCAUUCCAUAGAGACUGUUGUAUUUGAGUGUUGUUUUCUGACUUGUUUCAUGGAGAUUUGUGUGCCCAUCAUUGUUUACAGUCCCAUGAGGAUCUACAAAGUAUUAUCCAGAGCUAUUGUGUCUUUAAUUACUAGUACUCUCCUUGUAGACAGCCAGUAUGAUAUAGUGGUUUGGACAUUGGAAUAUGACUCUGGUGACCUAGGUGCAAACCCCUGCUUACCAUGGAAACCCACUUGGUUAUCUUUGGAAAAUCACACUCUUAGACUCAGAGGGAUGCAAGGAAAACCCACCUUUGAAUAAAUUCUGUCAGAAAACCCCAUUACAGGUUUGCCUUCAGGUCAACAUAAGUUAGAAACAACUUGAAGGGACCAAAAAUGCAACAGGAACCUUCCUUGUACCCUCUUGUUUCUUGUACUGUCCCCUUUGCCCUUUUUAUUGUAUCCUGUUCAAUAUAACAGUGGCAUUACUGAUGAAUACCUUUUUCUUGCAUUGUAUUUUGCCAGUCCUGAUGGUUCUAAAGGGAAGGAAUAUUUCAUUAUUGCAUAUCUUGCUUACUUGGUAGUUUAAUCAUUAAUAAUUGAAUUCCUCACUUGGCAAGUUUCUUUGUUUAUGAUGAAGCGGUGUUAUUUUCUCAUAGAUAACAUAAUGAAAACCCCCCUAACAAUCCAAGUUCCUUGGCAAGCGGUAACAAAGGCCAAAAUAAUAUGUAAUUAAGAUAUUACGCUAUUACCAGUGUGCCUAUUAUAAGGGACUGGAAACAUCAAGGAAGCUAGUUGAAGGAAGCUAGUUUGCUAAAUGGGAAGUCCACUUAAAUACAGAAGUAUCUUAGCCAUGCAGACAUUACUUUACUGAAAAUUGUUGUGCAUUACACAGGCAGUGAAGACUGUUUUGUUCCGUUGAGCUUUCAAUAGUUUCUAAUGUCACGUUUUGAUUUUAUUGUACUGAAUGUCCUGGCUACUGUUUUAUGUUAUUCCUAUAAUGUAUUCUUUUUAUUGUGUGUUGUUGUUUCCCACUUAAUUGUGUAUGUUGCCUUAAACUUGUAAUGAACGUAGGGUGAUUUAUAAAUAUGUCCAAUAAUUUGUAUGUCCAUGUGUGUCUGUCUUCAUGUGCUAUUAUUUUAAUUGUAUUUCCAAUUGCACAUAAAGGAACAUUUCUUUAUCAA